AUGAUUGCGUCUUCUUCUUCUGCCGCUGCUGCUGCUCUGUCGUCGUCGAGUCAUCAUCAUCAUCAUCAUCAUAAGCAGCGCAUUAUCCAAAACUUCAAGAGAAAGACGACGACGAAAACAACAACAAAUAGAAGAAGAGCGACGACGACAACAAAAGCUAUAAUGGGAGACCAAGGAAUUUAUAAUCCUCCGGAGUCGAAAGAGGAGGCGUUUCAGCAGUGCGCGACCGCGAUCGAACGUCUCGUAAACGCGUCCCAGAAAAAAAGCAGUUCGAAUAAAAAACGAGCGAUGCGAAAGCAAGUCUCGAAAAGAGGGCAAUUUUUAUGCGCGGAAUUACCGGUGAUGGACGACGGCGCUUUAUCCACGUCGGAGAUGGCGUUAUCGCUGGUGUUUGACGAGGAAAACACGAGCGUGGUGUACGCGGACGAGGAAGCGGCGAGGAAGAGCGCAGAGAAGAAUGGUAAAGUGGAAACGUUCUCGCUGGCGGAAGCGUUGGAGGUAGAGGCGGAUUUCAUCGCGAGCGAGAAGACCGGGGCGGUAUAUUUGGUCGGGUUUGGAGAAGACGAAGUUGAACAGGCGGUGAAGUUAACGAAGAAGAUUAACCCGUCGCGGGCGAUUGUUUUGGUGAACGCGGAGUGGAUGCACGCCGGUGAUGGGGGAGAUAUUUAUAAAUCCGAAAUCAUUGCGAGCGGGAAAGACGUGGAUUCGAUUUCAGAGACGGAGAAGUUUAAGAAUCAAUUCGCGGUGGUGUACUCGUAUUUACCCUUAGCAAUUGAGAAUAAGGUAUUCGGCCAAAACGCUGGAGGGGCUAUAUUCAAGUGCGUCUUAGGUGGCGCACCGAGCGGGACGCCGUGGAGAAUAUUAAUCACGGAUAAAGAUGGAAAGUUUAGUCAAGUCGGCGCGAUGCAACGAAGACCCGAAGGCGAGGACAUUCAAAAUACUUUUUAUAACGCUUACGCGGCGACAAGUCAGGUGAAUAAAGGCGUCGGAGCGAUAAAGAGCACGUUCGAUAAGUUCAAAGAGAAUUUACCUAACCCGUUCGGUGGCGGCGGAUAG